UAUAUAUGUGUGUUACUAGGUGGGUAUUGUCAUCGCGAUUAUACACACGUGCGCACGUCUCCGACAAAUAAUAAUAAUAAAAAAAAAAAUACUAAAUAAAUAAGCAUCGCACAGCUUAUAAACUGUAAGAAAUAUUUUAUUAAGUAAAUACAUAUAAUAAUAUUAUCGUGUAUAAUUAGAUUUAUUUUCCGUUUGAGCGAUGGACGAGGAGCAGCUGCAGCCGCCGAAAAGGCACCACACAGAAUUGCACAAGAAACACACAGUGGCCAGUGAACACCGAUGUGUGCAAUGGGUUCCCCAGGUUGACGUGGUCAACGACAGUCUGGACACAGCCUUACUGUCUGUUUAUAGUCAUUCAGGGCUGACGUUCCCUAGGACCAACGAAGUGUGCAUGCAAAAAGAAACCUUUAUACUGUGUUUGAAGAAACAAUUGAAUAAUAUUCGAUCAGAUCAUAAAGUGGAAAAGCUGUUCAGAAAUCAUCCACUGAAAAUGGGUGGACUGAUUGGUGAACGAAAAGACAUCAAUAGUAUUAAACUUGGAUUAGUUGGCAGUCAUAUUUCACAAACUAACCAUGGAUAUUCGAGAAAAGAAGAUGGUACUUUUUACAAUUAUUAAAAUACAAUAAGGUACCUGCAGCAAGAAGUUUCACUCCAAAAAUAUGAAAAUGCAUACAAAAGUAAAGACGGUAAUUACAUUUUCACACGCAAAUGUAUUAUAUACUAAAGAAGGUUUUAUUUAUUGUUUUGUUUUAUUAAGAAAUGCAUAAUUUGUACUAUUUAGCACAAUAAGUGUAUGUGGUGACAUAACAAAAAUACUAUGAAAUAGGAAUAAGAAGCCACCCAUUAGUGCCACUUGAUUGAGUCUAAAGAAAGUUAAGGAACAUUAAUGAAACUUGUAAGUUCGCUGAAUAUUUAAGUCAAAUUAUUUCAAAUUAUAGGUAGUUUAAAUAUUUAGAAUAGAAACAAUUAAACUUGAUAUUUUAAAUUAAUUAUAAAAUCCAUAACUUCAUUAACUCUGUGCCAACCAAAGGAUAUUUUUAAAUGAAAUUGGUUAUGCCAUAAUAAUAAACAGUGUGAACAAUAUGAUGUCUUGCCAAUUAUCCCCAAUAUCAUAUUUAGAAAUUAAAUUUGAAGCUUACAGUGUAUGCUUAUUGCAAUUUUAUUUACUUUUUGACAAAGGAACAAAUGCAUAGGUGGCAUAACAUAUAUUUUGAAUUAAAAAAUUUGUCACCAAUCUCAAAAAACAUAAUUGCAGAACUGUAUCAAUGAUAUCAUGUUGUAUGAUAAUAAUGAUGAAUUAUUGAUACAAAAUAAAACUAAUAACGAGCCAUCAAAUAAUGGAAUAUUUUCUAUCAUUUUUUAUAACUUAAAA